AAGAAGGAUGGAAAAUGAUGGCCAAGAAAACCUAAGAAUAACACCCAAAUCAAAGAAGCUACCACCUCUUAAUUAUAAGCCAAAAAACAGUAUGAUUCAGAACACAGAUCUUUUUGAGCUAUCUCCUCUAUUACCACGAUCAAACGCUUCCUUAAAAGCAUCAAUUUCUGUCAUCAAAGAAGAAUCUUCAAACCUCGAACAAUCAAACCGAUCAAUCCCUUCGAAACUAACGACCCAGAACUCAAAAAUCACAUCUGCGAAAACCCCCCAAAAGUCCGCACUAAAACACCCAACUUCCCCACUCCUCAACACCCCUACGCGCAAAAACAACAUUCUCCCCAAAACCCCCCAAACCCCAAUCCCAAAAUCCUCCAAUCUGACCAAAAACCACUUCGAAAACACCCUCAUAAAGCGCCUCAAUCGCACUCAUUCCAAAAUAAAAUAGAUAUUCCAGCAUAAAACAGAGCUUUAUCAGGAAAUAAUCAGAAGGAUUAUGAGCUCAAUAAAGAAAUGAGCAAGUACAGAUUCCACGAGAUGUCAGAUCCAGCUUACAACAUGCUCUACGCUACUAUGAUGAAGGAUUAUGCUAAAAAUAAGCAAAAUAAAACCAGAAACUUAGAGUCAGAAAUGGGGCAUAACGAGGCUAGCCAAUCUAAACAAGCGUCAAGCCUUGUAGAUUUUAAAGAAAUUUCCAAAUAAAGCCAAGAAAAGAGGUCUUGACAAAAGAAAACUAGUCAGCAAAUUAUUCAAGCAAAAGCUGAAAGUUAAGCGAAAGUGAUUCAAGCAUGAAAAGAAAAAUUAUAAAGAACGAGUUCACCAAAUUUCUUACCAGGUCGAGAAGAUCAUGGCAGGAGAUCCUCACAGGAAAUAUAUCAUUGAAGAGUAUAAUAAGAGCACUUUUGAGAAAUAUUUGCACUAUAAAAGGAUCAAGAAAUUAUUUCAAUAAAAUAAAUUACUAACAAUCGCUCUCGAGGCAUACUAUAAGCAUGCAAAAACAUUGAAAAGAAUAAAGAAUUCUAAGACUGAAGAAGAAACUAGCCAAAAGGAAGAGGAGUUUAUCACCAAGACCAAGACAGACG